CUUGAACUAAGCACAACUGACCUAUAGUGAAAAUGAAUAAAAUCCUCGCUCUCAGCUGUCCACUUGUGAUUCAGCACCUACUGUUUCUCAUCUCCAUGCUGCACGGGACCCCUCUGUCGUUUGCGAUGGCAAUUCCAAACCCGUCAGUCUCGUUCAUAUCCAAUGUCCAAGCUGAGAAGGCUAACCGACGCAGAUCGCCUGGGGAAAUUUGUCCGAGCUGGUGUCCAGUUGACGUACAAGCCUGCAAACUGCAGCCAGCUUGCGGCCACUGUCGAAACCUUGGACUUCUCCUCUUUCCAGCAGCUGCCCUGAGUAGUUCAGUCUCGUUUCUUCUCUAGUACCGUCUAUCAUUUUACAACCGUUUCUCUUACCAUUCUCGACCGUGUGGACUUGGUUCGAUUUGUGGUGUUGUC